AUGGCUUCAACGACAUAUCAGAUCGAAAAACCUCUUCGCAGUGACUAUGACGAAUGGUCAAGGCUGUUUCGCGCCUACAUCGACUUCUACCACUCCAAGAUUGAAGACGAUCAAUACGCGAGAACAUUUGACCGCAUCAUUGAACAAAAGAAUGGAUUGCAAGCACUAGUUGUCAGGAAAGUGUGCGGAGAGGAGAAAUCCCUUGUUGGAAUCGCGCACUUCUUCCCUGAGCAGACACCAUGGAGUGAGAAGCAGAUUCUCUUGCUGAAUGAUCUAUUUGUUGACCCUUCUGUACGUGGCGAGGGACUUGGUAGGAAGUUGACUGAAGCGGUCGCGGAUGUUGGGAGAGAGAUGGGAUGUACGAGGGUUCAGUGGGUUACCAAGCAUGAUAAUGCCACUGCACGAAAGCUUUAUGAUACUUUGGCUGAGAGCCAAUUUGUUCAGUAUAGAAUGGCUCUGUAG